AGGGAUCCUUUUCGAGUUCUUGUCUUAUUAGAACAAAAAUUCUAUUUACCUACUGUGUAUGCAUAUUUGGAGGGUGAGGUCAGACCCCCUCGUGAGAUAUUGAAUUUUGUGAGGCAAUUAAGUCUAAUAAUAGUAGACAAAUUGAUUUGCACUAGGGGACGAGUGUCCCAAAUUGAAGAGAUGAAACAUUUAAUUCUUUUGCCUGCUAAGGGACACUUAGUCAGAGCAUACUUAAAGUAUUUGCAUUGUUUGCACCUCCAUUGUAACGUCAAUACGCUAAUGGCGAUUUUUCGACAGAAAUGCUGGACGCCGGGCCUGAGGUCAAUUGCUAAGCAAGUUGUACGGAAGUGUCCAGAAUGCGUGCUAGCAUUCCAACCGCUGAUGAGACAACCACCACCACCCCCCCUGCCGAAGGAAAGAAUCACCUUGCAGAAGCCAUUGGCCGCAGUUGGCGUGGACCACACCGCAGCCAUACAAACUGAAACGCGGCCAGGCUAUAUCCUCCUCGUGAUAUGCAUGGCCACCAGGGCCGUGUAUUUAGAUUUCUACCCCUCCUUGGAUGCGGAGGAAUUUGUUCUAGCUCUUCGAAGAUUCAGCGCUACGCAUGGAGCCCCGACCAUAAUCACUUCUGAUAACCACCAAACGUUCAAGACGGCCAGCAACCUCCUUCAGGGACUUUAUGAAGAGGAUGAAGUCCAGCAGUUCCUGAGGAGGACUGGCGUAGAAUGGCGAUUCCAAACACCCCGUGUGCCGUGGAAAGGCGGUUUUUUCGAGCGUCUGAUUGGUGUCAGAAAAUGUGCAUUGCAGAUAGCCCUCGGGAGAAAGCAUCUCCCGGAGGCCCACGUAUUGACUCUAGUGAAAGAGGCGGAGGCGGUAGUGAAUAAUAGGCUGUUGAUGUAUAGCGGUGACAAGUGCGAGGACGAGGUCCUCACCCCCUCUCAUUUAGUGCGAGGUCACUUAAUCAAUUUGAUGGCACCUGUUUUGCCAGAUGAAGACCUUAAUGCUACCUUCACCUCCCGGAGGCUACAAGAUCGAUAUCUUAAACUAACAGACACUUUGAAAGCCUUCCGAGAGAGGUGGAGGAAGGAGUACCUGAGUGCCCUAAGAGCCCGACACGAUUGUCAGUCUGGGGAACCCACCAAGCUGCACCCCGGAGACAUCGUGUUAGUAAAGCAAGAAAAUAAAAAGCGGGCAACGUGGCCCCUUAGACGCGUCGUGGAGACGUACCCGGACGACGACAGUGUCGUGCGUUUGGCCAAGGUAUUGUUCGAAGAUGUUGAGUCCCUGCGUGCUGUCAGCCACUUGGUCCCCCUGGAAAUUGCCCCCUCAGAUGACGAUGAUGGCGUUGGAGACGAACGGCGUGACGAUGUUGAUGGUGCGACGGAGGAGAUGGUGCGUGACGACGACUGCAACGAAGAGGUCCAUGACGAGGGAGCGUACAGCCCAGCAGUAGGUGUUCCAGGAAAUGUUGUGACGUCUGGGGACGACCAAGGGAUGGCACUGGCUGCCACAUCUGAACAACCAGCCACAAAGGUCUUGAGUGACAAAGACGCUGACGAUAUUAAUAACGAAUCGAGCGAUACCAAUACGGUAAGUGAGAGUGCUGAAGUGAAUGAUACUGAGGUAUCGAGUGGUAGUGACGUUGACAUUCAGUUAGGCAGACCAAGACGUUCUGCACGCCCUUUGAGAAAGGCUGCUGCUAAGCAGCGCGAGUUGAUGAAGCACUUAAUGGAAAGCGAAUAUAUAUAAGUUAUGGCUAGAAACAGUGAAAGAAAACAGGAAGGUCCCGUAUUCUGGUAGGCAGGGAGGGUGGACCCAAGUAAGUGUAGGUGAGUUGAAUCCUCAGAGGAUGGUAGUGCGUCGGGUUAGCGUAAGGUAGUGGGAGCCCCCUCUUGUGCAACAAGUCGAGCGUUGUGCAGAGGUAGCCCCCACCCUCAAAGUAGAUUAAGAAAAAUGUAUAUGAGUACUUGUAGAGAAGGGAAAGCGUUUUGAGGGCAUGUGUCCCGUAAAAGAGUACAUACUGAAUCAGUUGUAAUCUGUGUUUCCUUAAUCGCAAACGGCCUGUCUAUCUGAUUAAUGCUUGUUGAUUAUUGAAGAUGUAGAGCUUAAUAUAGAAGUUUCUCUUGCAUGUUGUAUUGCAUUUUGAGGCGAGUGCCCAAAGUCUAUGCUUGUUGCAUACAAAGUUGUCCAUAUAUGACUGUUUCAUUUUUCAUGCCAUUGAUUGAGUGAAGCCAGAAUGCCUUAUGAGAGUAUAUUCAUGUUUCCUUGAUCUUAAUUUUACAUUUAUACUUUUGAUCUUAUUGCAGGCCCAUUGCCUAUUGAGUUUCUGUGCUGAUUCAUGUCUACCUUAUGUGUAUGUGUACAUUUAUAUAUAUAUAUAUCUGCCAUUGAUGUUUUAUUUGUAUAUGACAUUGAUCACCCCGGGUGUAAUGUUGAUGUAUAAUUUCUUUGACAUGUCAUGUUUUUUUGUGUACUCUGUUAGUCGUUGUGGAGCACUACGCAGCGAGUCUGACUGAGUAGUGUAGGAGUAGUUACUCCUCCCCCCUGAGCUCAGUCUUUCCUGAAUUGUCCAACAUUUUAACGCCCCAUACUUUUGGUGUGGAGUAUGUCGUGAAUUUCGAACUGAUCAUUCGAAAUCCCCGCCAUUUAACUUCACAAGUGUUGCGUUAAAUUGGGGCAAGACUGAGGGAUCUCGCGGGCGAUUCAUUGAACAGAAAGCUGUCCAAUACACGACAGUUUAUGACGCAAUUCCUAAAUGCAUGGCGGGGAAGGAGCGUGUCUCAUAGAAAAGAAGACGUUAUGAAUUUUCGUUAAUAAAUAUAAUUCGAUGAUCACUAGUAAGAGAUAAAUUAUCUAUGUAUAGAUUUGGAGCCAAGGACUCCAUAGUCAUUAAAGAAUUUGCAGAUUACGGCCUUCAGCCAGAACUUUAAGUUAAUUCAUUGAUCUUAAAUAAUAACGUAACAGUCAUAUUUCACAUUCAAGAAUAAAAUAGAUUUAGUAAUAUACGUAAUGUCGAAAUAAUCGAUGAUUCCCUCCUGAAUUACAAGGAUUCUGUAGUUCACGCGGGAAAGCGUAAGUUUCCUUUGAAGAAGGGCGAAGUGACGCGUCAUUCCUGCCCAGAACCUGAUCCGUGUAAGUACCGUAAAAAUUUGUGUGUCUCUCAAUUCUUCGACUCCCAGCCGUCGCCAUGCUAGGUCGAAUUCCGUCUUAACAGUAAGUUAACUUUAUCCACGUAUAUAUGUGCCAUCCCUGCGAUGAGGGACUCUAUUUAUGCAGCAAAAGAAAGCUGCCAGUGCAAGAAAGUUAUUUUUUUGUGACAUUGAGUCAAUGGGUCUCGUAUUGUGCAGAUUUUUCGUCCA